AUCCAGAGGCUGACCGAGAGACCAGAAUCUCAAGCUGAGGACCGACGGCUUGAGAGCAUUGUGGACACGAAGAUCCUGAGCAGGAUAGGAGUCUUCUCAGGCGCAGAUGAAGAAUGGGGGCAGUGGUGUUUCGUGUUCGAGUCAACGGCAGGGCUCGUCGACCUAGAGCAGAUCAUGACUCACUGCGAGAACGCGGACGAGACGGAGCUAGGCAAGGCCCUCACGAUCCUCCAGAUGGUGCCAAAGAACAACGGUGCCAUAGGUUGGAAGAGGCUCAAGGACGAGUGUGAACCGAAGUCGGGCGGAAGGCUGACGGCGAUGCUGAUGGGAGUGCUCAAGCCAGAGUGGGAGACGGCCAUCAGAGGCGGCAUCCGCAUGUGGGAAGCUGCCUGGAAGGACGUGAAGGCCGUGGUCCGCCAAGCUCUGGGGGCGAUCGGCCAGGACUACAGCAGGCUGGCCAAGGUCGUCACGGACUACAUCGCCAGUGGCAAGGUCUACGAGACCACGGGCGCACCCCACGGCAUCCAGUACGACGGACCCAUGCCCAUGGACGUCGGCAUGGUGAACGAGAAUGGAGACGUUGGCGGCAUCUUCAAGCAACCGAAGGGGUACGGCAAGCAGUCGAGGAAGGAUGCUGGCAAGGGUCGGGGCUCAGAUCGCGACACCUGCAAGAACUGUGGCAAACGAGGCCAUUGGUCAAGGGAUUGCUGGGCCCCAGGAGGUGGAGCAGCCAACCAGGCAAAAGGCAAGGGCAAGGGCGCGAAAGGCGGAAAAGGAGGAAAAGAUAUGAAGAAGUGCGACAAGUGCGGGAAGCCAGGUCAUGAGGCCAAGGAUUGCAGGUCACACAUCAAGUGCGACAAGUGCGGGAAGAUGGGCCACAAAGCUUCAGAGUGCAGGUCGAAGCCAGAGAAUGCUGAGGUCAAGAGGAUAGUGAACGAGCAGGACGAGCUGUGGGUCAUGGGUGUCGCCGAGAGCGUGAACACCAUCAACGACGACAGCAAGUACGUGUGGGUCUCGAUUGAUAGCGGGUCGGACGCUGACGGGUGUCCCCUCGGCUUUGGUCACUCGAGCGACGACGUCGAGGACCCCACCAAGGUGGAGCUGAGGACAGCCACCAACGACGAGAUCCAGGACUACGGCGAGCGGAACGUCGGCAUCGCGUUUCUGGACGAGACUGGCCACGGGGUGAUGGCCACGAACCGAUUUCGCAUCGGCGGCUUCAGCAAGCCCGUGCUCAGCUGUGGCAUCAGAGUCAUGAGAGGAGCAGUCGUUCACUUGGAGACGGGGAACAGCUACAUGGCCCCGCCGAGCGUGAACGGCGUCCAGAGGAAUAUACCCCUGACAAUGAUCGGGAAGAGCUUCUACGCGUGGUGUCGGGUGCUGGAGGACCACCACCAGGACCUCAAGUUGCACCUGCACCACCAGAACCUCAAUCUGCACCUGCACCGCCAUAACCUCAAGCCGUACCUGCACCACCACCACAAGCAGGCAUUGAGAGCUCGCCUGAAGGAGCUCAGGAGGCUUGGGACUAUCGAUGCGGCCAUCUACGGCACCAAGAAGCAGCUGUGGGAGAGGCUCGUCAAGUGCGAACACCAGCUAGAUGAGAAGAUGAAGGUCAAGGAGGCCCUCGAGGAGCGUCAACGGCGACUCCAAGAAGGCGUCGAUCCCGAAGUACCGAGGACACUGAAUAUCCCAGAGAGGCCUGACGCGGAGACCGUAAGGCAGCACGAGCUUACUCACGCGAAGUUCGAGCCCUGGUGCCUGGAGUGCGUGUUCGGAAAGGGAGAUGCCGCACCCCAUCGGGGAGUUCAGUUUCUUACGGACAAGGAGCCAGAGGUGCCCGUCGUGCAGAUCGACUGCCAUUUCUUGAAGGACGAUGGCGAGAAGACCGAGGACGCGGCCAACCGCUUCUCCACCACGCUGGCCGUCAUCGACUGCGACACGGGUGUUCCUCUACAGCUCAGCCUCCCAGAGAAGGGAUGCAACCACGACUACACUGUGACCUCGAUCGUGAGUUUCCUCAGGAGGUUGGGCGCCACUCAGCUCAGGCUCAGGAGUGACGGAGAGCCGAGCAUUGUCAGCAUAGCAAAUGCGGUGGCGGCCAAGAGACUCAAGUUCGAUGGCUACAAGGUCACAGUGGAGCAGACCCCCAGGUACUCAUCGCAGUCGCUCGGAGCCGUGGGGGCGCAGCAGAAGAUCUUGCAGGGCCAGACCAGAACGAUCCGAGCUGCAACAGAGAAGAUGCUGGGCAUCAAGAUAGGGCCAGGUCAUGUUCUGUGGCCGUGGCUUGUUAGACACGUAGGCUUCAUCACGGAGAUGUUCCACAUCAAGUCAAACGGACGGACUCCUCAUCAAGAUGCUACUGGCACCAAAUACCAUGGCGUCGUCCUGAAGUUCGCAGAGACCGCCAUGUUCAAGCAUCCGAUGUCGUCGAGUGGCCACAUGACGGGAGGCAGACGCAGUCGCAAGUCCAAGUCGAUGUGGGAGAAGGGCGUCUUCCUGGGCAAGACGUACGAGAGCGACGAGUUCCUCAUGGGUACGAGCAACGGGGUGCACUUGGUCAGGACUGUGCGCAGGCUCCCAGAGGAGGACCAAUGCGACCCAGAGCUCGUGGCCAAGAUAGUUGGGGUCCCCUGGGACCGAGGCAUCGGCCAGAUUGGAAGGCCGAAAGGCAAGAGGGUGGUCAUUCUCCCGACUGCCCCACCUGAGAAGAAGCAAGAGGAGAUUGAGGUCGACGAUACCAAGGAGGAGAAGGGAGUUCCAGACCCCACGGUGGAGAGAGGAGUUGCCGAGGACGGGAACAGCUACGCGAGUGCCAGGAGUAGGACAGGCAGUGGCUACAUGGACGACGUGGCGCUCCCCACACCGAGGCAAGAGGCAGGCGGAAGCUCGUCAUCACGUCCUACCCAGCCCACUGGGGAGUCGGAGGUCCCAGAGGUUGAGAUGGGCACCGUCGGAGGCGUCGACGGCUUCGUGAUGGACGAUCGCAAGUGCAAGGAGAUCAACACGAUGCAGGAGUUUGGAGUGUUUGAGGCGGUGUCGCCUGAUGAGAUAGACUCCACGUGGACAAGGUUGUCAACCAAGUGGGUGUACCAGGAGAAGGGCGAAGAGAUUCGCUGUCGCUUCGUUGCCAGGGAGUUCAAGAGCAUGGACCCCGAGCGCGAGGGGCUAUUCACGCCGGCCAGCGAACCCACGACUGGCAGGCUCAUUGACUUCAAGGCGGUGAAGCGAGACCAGCCCACCGUCAUCAUCGACGCUGUCAAUGCCUACUUCCACGCUGAACAAGACAGGCUCGUGGCGGUGGUGCCGCCUCGGGAGUGGAUCGAGGCCGAGGCGAUCAAGGGCAAUACUACGAGGACGAUGUGGAGGAUGAAGAAGAAGCUCUAUGGCGAGAGGGACGCGAGCAGGGGCUUCAGUGACUUCAUGAACCGCACCCUCGUCUCAGAGAUGGAGUUUGAACAAUGUCCUGAUCAGCCAUGCUUCUACCGCCGAGAGCGGGAUUCAGUGGACCUGGAGCUUCAUCAGGAUGACAUCUACGCGACAGCUGAUGACAGCAACCUCCAAGCGUUCACAACGGAGCUCAGCAGCAAGGUCAAGAUCAAGGUGAGCAAACUACUCAAGGUAGGUGCGAAGUACCAACAUCUGAAAGGAGGGCGAAUGAGAGUCGAGGACGGCAUGUUCUUGACGGGCAACAGGAAGUACGCGGACAAGAUCCUGGAGCUGCUGAACCUCGGCAAGGCGAAGAGCUCGCCCACGCCAAUUGUGACGAAGCUACUGCAGGGGGACUUCGAGCAUCCGCUGAACGCCGAGGAGACCAGUCUCUACAGGCAGUGCGUGGGCAUCGCGAGGUACAUGGUCAACUAUGUCACGGAGGUCACGUUCGCUGUCCACGUGCUGAGCAAGAGGUUGGCCACGCCCACCGACAACGACAUGAAGAGGCUCAAGCAAUUCGGCAGGUACCUACUUGGAGUUCAAGACUAUGCGCUGUUCUUUCCCGGAGAAGCCGAGUAUUACGCAUCGGUGACAGCAGCCGCCGAGGCAAUCCACCUCCAGAGUGUGAUGGGUUUCCUGGACAUGGACGUGGAGAUCAGGAUCCGCAUAGACUCCUCUGCGGGCAAGGCGGUCUGCCACCGCGUUGGAGUGGGAAGGAUCCGCCACCUUGAGGUCCGCACCCUGUGGCUCCAAGCCAAGGUGCGAGACAAGAAGCUGGUGGUGAUCAAGCAGGCUGGGGAGACCAACCUGGCCGACGUGGGUACCAAGGCGCUGACGAGUCAGAGGUUCCACUGGCUGAGAGCACAGCUGGGACGACGGCCGUUGGCUGGCGCGGAUGACAUGAGGGAGAGCACGGCUGUUCGGGUCAACAUCGUGAGCGACACAACGUCCAAGAUGGCGAGGGUCGGCGCGGCCCUGAUCGCUCUCCUGGACAGCCUGGGCCCGGUGAAAGCGGACGGUGAGUGCGACGUCUACGGCUACGAGAAGGACAGGAAGGAGAUCGCCCUGCAGGACACCCGUCAAGAGACUGGCGUGCACCUCCAGGGCAUGAUGCUCAUCAUGGUCAUGAUCACUAUCAUGAUCGUAGCAUGCGCAGUUGGUGGCUGUGCGGGCUGGUGCAUCGGCUAUUUCAUGAGGCCGAGUUGCACGAGCGAGAGCAGGCAGGAGAAAGAGAAGGUAGAGCUCAACCAGAGGGCCAUCAAAACCAAGAAGCUGAAGGUCGAGUACAGGACCGUCUCGACCCAGAGCCAGGUGACGUACUCCUGGCAUCGGGAGA